AAAACGCAGUGCUUGUAACUCCCUCCCAGUCCCAGGACGUUGUUCUAACCGCCGAGCGAGCAGUAGCCAACCGUCGCUACCGGCGGAAAUAUCCCCAGACUCUCGCAGCAAGAUACUCAAUCUCACCUUUCCAUAAUAAUCAAAACCCCCUGAAGAAGCUACAAUGUCCACUACUUGUGGAUAUUCAGUCUUAACACCACAUCCACCAUCAUCAAAAUCAAAAAUCACUAAAUUCACUACCAACUUCUUCUUAUUCCCCCAAUUUCAUAUAACAACCUUCAACAUUCCAUUAUCAUCAACUCCCUCUCGUCGUCGUCGUCUUCAAUUACUUUCCUCCACCGUUGCAUCUGCAGUAAACAACAAUACAAACCCUAACGAAUCAGAGAAGAAGAAGAAGAAGGUGGAAGAUGAGGUUGAAGAAGUGGAAGAGGAUUUGCCAUGGAUACAGGAGAAAGCUCUGGAUAUUGUUGAAUUUAGUGGCUCAGUAACACAAACACUUCCUGGUCCACGAGUUGGACGAUCUUCCUUGCCGUGGAUUCUAGCCCUUCCUUUGGCUUAUGUUGGAAUCUCCUUUGUUAUUGCAGUUGUUAAGACCCUUCGGAAGUUUUCUUCGCCUAAACAUGCUCGCCGGAGGCUGGUGAGUAAAAAUGCAGAGCUGUGCAGAUCAAUAGACGAGUUACUUGAUAAAGAGAACAAUGGAGUACGGCACGAAGUUUUAAAGGAAUUGAUGCAGAAGACAGGCUUCAGCAUGGUGGAUAUUUUGCGUAAAUAUAUCCGAUAUUCCUUGAAUGAAAAACCGUUCGACCCGAAACUUGUUGCAGAAUUAAUUCAACUCAGGAAAGCAACAAUGUUGGAUGAUUCUCAAGUUGCUGAAAUUCUAAAUGAAAUUUCAAGGCGCAUUGUUAAGGAUUUUGGUCCAGUUGUCAUGAACACAUCGGGAUAUUCUGAAAAGGGUUUGAGGAGAAAGCUUGCUGUCCAAGCUCUUUUCGGAAAGAUCUUAUAUCUUUCAGAGCUGCCAGAGUUUUGUGCAAGAGACAGCUCCUUGAUAGUGAAAGAAAUAUUCGGUGUUGCAGAUGAGGAUGCUGAAAGGCUUCGGUUGCAUACAGUUGCAGAAGCCGGUGAUAUGGAUUCCCUAGAAAAGAUGGUCGGCGGUGAUAUGGAUUCACUAGAAAAGAUGGUCGGCGGUGAUGUGGAUUCACUAGAAAAGAUGGUCGUUGGUGUAGAUUUAGAUCCAGAUCGAGAUUCAGAUUCAGAGGAUUCAGGUGAUGGCUCUUAAUUAGGGACUCCAUAGGUUUUGGUCCUCCAGGCUUUUGUAAGACUACUGAGAGAUGUAACCCUUAAAGCUAUCAUCAUUUUUUUGAAGAUUUAUAAUUAAGUUCUAGGUUAUAAUACGGGUCCAUAUAUAAUUAUAAUAUAUUUGUAUUGUAAAUUAAAAGUUAGUGUUUAUUUGGUAUGUGGUAAUGGAAUGGACGAGAUAAUGAAAUCGAUCAUUACCAUUCCGUUGUCUUGUUUGGUUAUCAUGUAGAAAUGAAAUGAAUCAUUACUUUGUG